AUGUCGCUGAAUGGGCGCGAGCUGGUGAAGCAGCCGCAACCGGCCGACUAUAACCAGAGCGUGUUGACGAUGCAGAAAUCGGUCACCAUCACGGUGACGCCGCAGCGCAGCAACUCGAUGGAUCUGCUCAACUUCGAGGAGAAACGGCAGCUGAUCGCGUCCUCCCUGUCGCUGUCAGACAUUCUGCAUGUCAGCCCGGCCGCAGCACACGUUGCGAAGGAGGUCGCCGCCAGCACGGUGAUUGCGACAAAAAAACAGAACGGCACCACGAUGCGCUCGAACAGUCUCAACUCGGGUUCCCGGACGCCGCCGCUCGAGCGCAAGAGCAGCAAAUUCAGCGCCUUCGGUCGGCUGUUCAAGCCGUGGAAGUGGCGAAGAAAAAAGAAAAGCGAAAAGUUCGAGUCCACCUCAAAGUCGCUUGAGCGGAAAAUUUCUGUACGUGCCAACCGGGAAGAACUUGUACAAAAGGGCAUUCUGUUGCCGGAAAGCCCUACAUCUGCACUAUCGAUAGCCGCCAUUUGCAUCAGUCCCACGGAAUCGGUUACGUGGUCCACCUCAUCUCACAGGCAAUUGCAAACCUUCCAUCAUCAGCCACCGCCGCCGCCGCCCCCACUGGCCGCGCUGCACUAUCGAAGUCCAAACGAGGAGCAAUACACGAUCUACAACUCAGUGAACGGAACGAACGGUGCCGUCCUGCCAAAUCUCGCAACAUCCGCCAACGCACCAAAUAGUACUAGCAUAGCGAGCAACAACGUGCCUUUAUCGCAAUCGGCCCAGCAGAUCAGCAGCCUAGGCGGUCCGGGCGGUGUCGGCAACCCGGUCGGUUCCCUCAACCUGUCGGCCAUACUAGGCGGUGGUGGUGGUGGCGGUGUGGGUCCCGGCGGACAGCUGGUCCAUUCGUCUACCGGUGGCAGUGGUGGUGGUGCGAGUGUUAUUGGUGCGAACAUGAUCAGUGGUAGUACCGCGGGCAGUGCGCUGGCCAGCAUUUUGACCGGAAGUGUUAGUUUAAGUGGGGGUGGUCCUGGUGCCAGCGGGUCAAGUGGAAACAGUGGACCGGGUGGCGGAGGAGGUGGCAGUGCUGCGGGCGUCGUGCUAGUGUCCGGACUGUCGCACUCGCAGUCGGCGCAUCAGAUUGGACAGCCGCCACCGCCGUCCCUCGUUCACGCGCAGCUUGCCCCACAUCAAGCCCUUCAGCAGCAGCUGCAGCAGCAUUUCGCGAACGUAGCUGCCAAUGCCAGUGCCAACAUGAAUCAAGUUCAAGAUAAUCAAAGGAAAACACCACCGCCGGCCAACGAUGGCCAACAGCAGCACCAGCUGCAGCAUCAUCAGCUGCAGCAGCAAACGCAAUCUCUACAGGCGCAACACCACCACCAGGCGCUCCAGCAGCAGCUGCAACAGCAUCACCAGCAGCAACAGGCCCAGCACCAGGCCCAGCAGCAAGCGCAACAGCAGUUGGCCCAGCACGGGCAGCACGGGGGCGGGCACGGGCAUGCACACGGGCACCACGGUUUGCCGAACCACAUCGUGCUGUCGGAGCUGCCGGAACCGCCGAUACCGGUGUCGGAGAUUGGUCCGAUCCCACCACCGCCCAUGUUCUCCACGCCCAGCCCCACGCUGGCCGGGACGCGGUCGCACGGUUCCGGCGGCAGUGUAGGCGUCAGCAUGGGCAGUGCCGGUGGUGGCAGUAGUGGCGGUGGCGGAGGCCAACCACCGAAUGUGCAUUCCACUAGUAGCAAUAGUAGUAUUAUGAAUAACAUUAUACCGUUAGAUAUGAACGAUUACGACUACGACGAUCAUGAAAACAAUGAUCAAGAGGAGGUUGAUUCAGACGAAGACUACAUGUACCCGAUGUCCCAGCCGAACCCCAACAUCGACACGAACCGGAUCGACGAGAUACCGGCGAAGGAGCCCAACAUUAACGCGGUGCCAUUGAAGUCUGCGCUGAAGAAGAAAGGCUCCAACCCGGGCACUCCGACGCAGGACAACCGGACCCUGGCGGUGCGAUACGAUACUAAUCCACCGGCUGCGGCCACGAUCAAGCCAGUUUUACGACCACGGAUUAGAAUAUGUUCUCGACCGAUGCGUUUCCAAAUCGGCCUACCGAGCACGAUGGAAAACAAGGAAAAUGCACGCCCCUUCGUGAUCCGUGAGACCGGCGAUGACUGUGAUCAGUCCGAUGGGCCAAUCUGCUACCGGGACGAAGAUGCGGACCGUGCAGCCAAAAUUGCACGGAAGGAGAGCCUCUCGAUUAAGCUAGCACUGAGGCCGGACCGGCAGGAACUGAUCAACCGGAAUAUCCUACAGCUGCAAUCGGACAACGAGAAGCAAGAAUCGAAAGAAGCGAUCGGUGCCCGUUUAAUCCGCCGGCUGUCAAUGCGCCCCACGGCGGAGGAACUUGUCGAGCGUAAUAUUCUCAAAACUCAAUCACCGGCGGAGGAGAAGAAGCAAAAGGAGGAAAAGAAACGCUAUCUGCUGCGGAAGCUCAGUUUCCGACCGACGGUCGAUGAGUUGAAGGAGAAGAAAAUUAUCCGCUUUAAUGAUUACAUUGAGGUGACGCAGGCCCACGAUUACGACCGACGGGCAGACAAACCGUGGACACGAUUGACUCCGAAAGACAAGGCCGCCAUCCGCAAGGAAUUGAACGAGUUCAAAAGCUCCGAAAUGGCCGUGCACGAAGGUAGUCGACAUCUUACCAGGUUUCAUAGGCCAUGACAACUGCAAGGAAGGGCCGAACAGAGCAAGCAAUUUGCCAUUCAUUACGUUUUACAUUUCUCAUUAGAAAUUACUACCAUCCAGCGUCUGACGGUGUA